AUGAUGAACACGGGAAAAUACGGAUACUCUGAUGGAUACAACCAGCGCGGCUACGGCGGAGGCGGUAGAAACUACGGUGGUUUCGGUGGUUACAACCAAGGUGGCUACGGUGGAGGCUACGGUGGAGGCUAUGGUGGUGGAUAUGGUGGUGGCGGGUACUACCAACAAGGCCAGCCAAUAUACCAACAGCAGCGACCACCACAGGAUGACGGUUGUUGCCAAAUAUACUGUAGCUUGUUAGUAUGUUGUACCCUAUAUAACCUCUGUUGUGGCGGAGGUAUGUACUGA